AUGAAAUUGGGGAAAGUUAUGAGGGUGUGGGAAAUUAUUGAUACUGUCAUGCUUCACUUGAUAUUCAGAGAAGACAAGAAUGAUGAUGAUGAUGAUGUCAAAGAUAAUUUUAAUGCCGUCACGAACAUAUCAGAUGGUUUAUAUGAUUUAAUAAAAUUCCCUGAAGUUAACCUAAGAAAUUAUUUCCCAGAAGGAAAAAUGUUUAAAUUAUUCAAGAUUAUUGCUCAGUUGAUUGUCAACCAUAAACUUUUAUUUCGAAUUAAAAACAAUCAUGGAUGA